CUGCUCCCGGCGCUCCCGGCCCCGGCGGCCGGGCUGCAGCAGCGAGCUCGCCCCCAGCUCCGCACCCUGCUUGACUGAAACUUUCUGUGUGCUUUCCUUUCCAGCUGCCCGCCUUGCUAGGCUAAGGGAGCGACAUGGUGGCCACCUGCUUGCACCUGGCUGGAUUUGUCUGCAGCUUUAUUGGGUGGAUCGGGGUGGUUGUCGCAACUGCCACCAACGACUGGGUAGUGACUUGGGGCUACAACAAUCACCAAUCGUCUUUCCUUGCCUUGCCCACAGGGUACGUCCAAGCGUGUCGAGCACUGAUGAUCGCCGCCUCCGUUCUGGGUCUUCCGGCUAUUUUCUUGCUGAUAACGGUCUUGCCCUGUAUCCGGAUGGGCCAUGAGCCUGGAGCUGCCAAGUACCGCCGUUCCCAGCUGGGAGGGAUCCUCAUCAUUCUCCUGGGUAAGGCGCCCGUCUGCCCCGCAGGCGUGCGGAGCGGGAGGUCUUCCUCCACUUCAGCACAGCGCGGUGCAAGUCGGUUGAGCAUGUUCACCUGAAAACAUGUUCGUCUGGGCUUGGCUGUGCCUGAAGUACUACAGUAUUGCUGCAGUCUGCGGGGCGAACAGAAGGCGUAAACACAAGGAGGAGGACAAAGAGAGGAGGCAGGGAGGAGAGAGGAGGGCUGUGAGGCCCUACUGUGCAUUGUCUUACGGAGUCCCCUGGCACAGAGCCUCACGCGAGGCCACCGCCUGUGUCUGCGGGAGGGUGAUAGCAGCGACACGCAGACAGCUGCCUGCAGGCGCUGGGUUUUGCUGGUUUGCUGUGGAAGCGUUACUAUUUUUGGAGGAGGGUCUAGACUCCCAAGCUGCUUGCAGGGAAAGAACAGCCUCCGAAUUUUCCCUGCGCAUUGCAGAUGCACCCAAGUCAAAGCAAGCUGAGACAUAGGCGGAGGGAAGCGCAUGACUGCGAGUGUGCUGGUCCUGCAGGGACAGCAGGGGAGGAAGAAAGGAGGUGACAUAGACCGGGGGAGAAGGAUGACGUGUCCCCUGUGCCUCCCGAGCCCACCCCUCUCUGCCCCACCAGCCUUGCCCUUGGCCUCCAAGUUCCCCUGGGAAUUUCUUCCCGUUCUUGGUGCCUGCAGAGGAGAUUGUUUUGAGCAGCUUGGACUGUGGAGCUCAUUGUCCCAAGUGCAGCACCUGCAUGUUCUUGAAGCCUCGUCAUCUCAACAACAGGCUGCGGUGCCUUGUUUUCACCCGUUUGUUUGGCAGAGGAGGAGGGGUGAGGGAAAGUGGCCCCUUUGUGCGGCUCUGCCGGCUGCUGGCAGCCAGCGCUGACAUCAUGCUCGUCUUCUUCUUUCUUCUUCUUCUCCUUCUUUUUUUUUCAAGUGGGCGCUGGAUGUAGCUGCCACAACAGAGGUAGUCAGUGCUCUGCCUUGGAGAGCUGCUGUCUUUAUGCAGUCGGCUGGGGAAGAGCUCGUGAGAGGCAGACGGGAGAGAAGGAGGGGGCUGAGCGCAGGGCAGCAGGUCCGAGCUGUGCCUGCUCGCAGCGGGUGUCCUCUGUCCGCUCCUUGCUUCGAGAGCUUCCUUGGCGAGAAGCAGUCAGAACGAGUCAGUACCUUAACCCUCACCCCAGUCUAAGGGGAAGUGCAGUCAGACCGAGACCCACGGGACCUUUCAAUGCCUUUGGGCUUUAAAGGGACAUUGCCACAGCUGGAAAUCCUAAAAUCAGGAUUUUAGGAUUUCCAGGCCUUUUCCAGGGCCUGCUUCUGGACAGCUUUCCAGAAAAUCCUUAUUACGAAUGGCGAGCUGUUGGAAUGUGGGCGCUCGUCCCUGCCCCAAACGUAUUUGGGCUUGGCAAAGCAAGCAAAAUAGCGCUAUAUUUCCUGUGAGUGAAAUUUUGGGAAGCAGUGACUGAGGCGGCUGGCCCCUGGACACCCUCUGCCGGGGACCUGGGGUGGUCCCCGCAGAGCUGCCCUUCGAGGCAAACAAACCUGGGUUCUCCGUUGCAGUCCAAGAGCGCCGAGCUGUUGGUGAGCCCCGCCGGGUGCAGCCGCCCACGCGGAGCCGAGAGGAUUGCCCGUAGAUCUGCUUUUCCUGUGAGACGGUCCGAGAGGACCCGAUCCCAGCUGACGAAAGCUAAUGGGGCAACAGGAUUAUAGGAUCAGCGCAGGAGACAAAUCAAUUGUGGUGACCAUAUUGCAUGAGGCUGUGAUAGAACAAGCUGAAACCCCAGACCCUUGCGGUGCGGUACCAGCUGUUUUGGGGUCUAGUGUGCCGCUCCCUUACGCUGGUCUUGCUGCGGUGUAACACCACCGAAGAGGACAAGCGUAAGAGGUUAAAUGAAAAAAGUUUUAGUGCUCCAUGAGCCAGAGGAGAAAAAGAGAAACGCUUCUUGUCAAAUUACAAAUGAAGAAUAAAUGUGUCCCUUUUGCUCUGAAGUUCUAAAAAAAAAAAAAAACAAACCACAUUUCUUUUUACAAAACCUAAACUUUUCCAGGCUGAUUAUCAAGACAGUCCCCUUGGAAGAAGAAUGAUGUACAGGGCCUGGGACUUUGACAUUAUUUAAGCUGAUUAAUGAUCUGCUAUUUGAAAAAUGAGGUGCUACUAUUCCAGAGCAUUUAAUAAGUCCGAAUCAGAUCUCAAAAGACAUGAUACUGACUUCAAAGUCAUGAUAUUCUGGAAGUAGUAUGUCCUAGACUGCUCUUAUUUACCUUCCGACCACUCAAUUCUCAUUCCUCAUUUUCAGCAUUUUCUCCUCAACCACAAGGGCUCCAGCCGUAUCCUCUAAAUGGAGGCCAACUCCCAGAGGUCCGGUUAAAAAACAAAACAAAAAAAACCCCAAAACAAAUAAAAACACAGCCCUCCCCAAAAAACAAAACCGAAAACACAUACCGCCACACCAGAUAUACUGAGAAUGGAGAUCUGAUCAUGAGAGCUGAUCCCGUGACAAAUGUUACUCGUCCAGGAAAGGGAUGGCAGUUUAUCAUUGACACUGUUAAAAAGAAAAGCAGGAGCUGAAAACACAAUGUGGAACCAAAAAAAAAAAAAAAAAUUGAAAACUUGCCAGGAAAAAGAUGGGCUCAAAUAUUCCAUUGGUUUUAAUACCCACUGAUAAAAGCAAGCUACAAAGAGCGUGACAUAUGUGUGCACACCCUCCUAUCCCGCCUGCUGGUGUAUUUAUGUCUUUGCUUCAUCCUAUCUGCCCAAGCAAAUUGAUUUGUUGCUGAAAGCAACUGUCAGCAGUGGUUCCCUCUGAACUAGUACGAAAACAUUUCAAAUGGUAGUGUUGAUGGAAAAAACCCUGGUCCAUCCUGUGUUGUUGAUGCUAAUUCAGGGGACCCCUUGCUGGUUACUAAGCGGUCAUUUUCCUAGUGGAGGGGAGGGACGUGGGACGCUGAAAAACACAGAUGAAAAAUAUAUCAGAUGUCAGGAAUUACUACUGCAAAUACCAUAACCAUGGUAUGAAUGCAUAACCAUGUUAUGAAUGAAAGUCUGUAAAAGGCUCUUUUGGACACCGCUUUCUCUCAGAAGAGUUGACUCUUGAGAGCCAAAGUUUGAAUGUGGGUUUUUGUAAGGACUGGGUCUUUUGAGAAGUUGUGAAUAUUAAAAGACCUAUGUAAACAGCACUGUUUCCCCUAAUAGGAAUAAAUCACUUCACACCAUGACACUCAAACUGCGGCUUGAACUUCGAAACGUGGUGCGCUCUUAGGUGGGCGGGUGGCUUGGGGUGGCCGAUCCUCCGCUUUGUGCAGGAGGGGAGCUGGCACACGCUGGGGAAGCACGUCUCCAGGCUGUCACGCGCACACGGACUUUGCUGUGCUGCGCACAAGGAAAAACGACUUUGCACUUUGGGGGCCUGGACCAUGAACUUGAACAUUGUCAGUGGAUACAGUAGAGUUCUGCCAGGCUAUUUUGCUGAAGUGGCUGUUACGAGAUUUACUCAUACAGCCGUUGAUAUCAAAAUGGAAAGAUUGCCUUUAACACAGAACCCCCCACGCCCCCCAUAUAUCUGUUGUUUCAUUCUGCAAGAACAGAUGCUUUGAAAGAGAAAUCCGCAUGACUUUCAGCUGGCAACUCAGAAUAAUUAAAUUUAUCUGUGAAAGGAAAGUAUACUUUCUUCAGCAGAUAACUUCUCUUAGCUUACUGCUAAGGAAUUUGGCAGGGACUCACUGUCCCUUGAGUUAGAUUAAUCCUGCUCCACCUUCCCCACCUCCCCAAGCACCUUCUGUACUUCCUGUUUAGGCAUGCUUCCCCCUAAUUAAAUUAUGCCUGUAACGUCGAACAUUAAGAGUUUCAGUUCAAUGGACCGAGCUAGUGUAGGUCCAUAACGAAAAAGGACGUAAAAAUGUUGGGAGCCUGAGAAGUGGCCCUGUGACUUUACAGAGAUGUGGUGGGCCCAAGGAUAAAGAGCGGGGCGUUACCGGGACGAGCUUGGCAGGCAGAAGCAGCCUCUUUUGCUAGACCGCCUACCCUAGCUGCAAAAAGCGGGCAAGCUUGCCAGUGUGUGUUCACCCCCAAACAUGCCCAUUUUUCCAACUAACCUAGUUGGUCUAAUAAAAUAUAUACCUUCUAUUUGCAGACCUUGCCUUACUUUUGUGCUAGGCUAUGUUGACUGCAACAGCGCUACCAUCAUCUGUACUCAGUCUUAGCUAGGCAGAGGCAAAGGGUCUCUUAGCAUUAGCAUGAAAGAGAAGUAGUCGUAAUUUAUACACAAACAGCUCUUCCUUGUGUGGAGCCCGCUGUGGAACGCGCUGAAGCUUGCCCUAAAACGUCCUUUGCAAUCCCAUCGGGUUGCUUGGCAAAACAACUUUUCUUCAGUCGCAAUCUGCGUCCACCGCCUGAAAGAAAUAUUGCAAUUACAGACUGUCCUUUUCACAUCUUCCUUGGAGGAUUUACCGCCAACUUUAAUCUAUGCAAAGCAAUGAAAACCCGGUGCUGUUUCAGGGCGUUCCUCCUUCUGAGCCCUGGGGUCACUGGUAACUGAGGGCAGCUGGUGGCAUCCAAACAUGGAGAGGUCACACUAACCCAUGGAAGGUCCUUGGCUUGUGUAGCACAGUUUUCUGAGACUGUCAGCAUUAAAAUAAGGUGGUUUUACAUGUAGUUUAGCCGCGUGCACGAGAGAUGCUAUUGUAUUCGUGCCCUUGAGAGCUUCUCUUCGGUCCUGUGUUGUGGGGGAGAGUCUGAAAAGAUAAGGCUCUUACAGUCUAUGGCUCUUACAUAUAGAUGUAUUUAUAUGUAGGCGUAUUUACUGCUGACAGAAAAAAGAAAAGAUGAUUGUGUCUUUUCGGACAACAAAGAACCUCUUUUUCUGCAGCAUUAGAAUGCUUUUCAGAUUCUCAGCUGGUACGUUUUUGUUUUAAAGCAUUAGAGGCUCAUGGCUUGUUUGCAAGACUCGAAUCCAUGCGCAGGAUAAAUGCUAUUCGCCGCUCCCUGCCUUCUCCAAAAGAUUCCUUCCAAAGCCGCAGGGUCUUUGCUUUGAGGAGGCCCCAAAUUAUUACUGGCUUUAUUAGCAUCCUUCAAAUGUUCUUCUCUUUUCCAUAAGAAAAUAUUUUCUCUCAUAAUAGCUGCAGCGAUUGGGGAUGGGUUUUCUGCUGUACUGGCCAGGAGCUCUAGUUUGUUCUCUGCUUUAACUAAACAAUUUUAUUUUUUCUCUCAUCCACUUUUUUUCCUCUUGCAACCUUAACUUUUUGACACUGCCUCAAGAUAUCUUUUAACGCGGUUGGUGGAGAUCUGUAACGCUGCCACAGUCUUGUUAUUGUUUUGCUCUGAUUCUCUGAUAGCCACAAGGAUGGAGUCCUGCACAGCUUGUCCCCGAGGGAAGUAAAUAUUGACAGAUUAAUUCCUCUCAAAUGUACGAGCCAUAAAGGAGUAUUGUUUUAGGACCUGCUCCUGCGAGGUGAUUAACACCGUCAACUCCUGCUGCCCUCGGUGCAUGUUGGGACUUUGCAGGAUGGAGGUAGGACCCUUGGCGAGGGGAGCUGGUGUGCAGCACGGAGAGCGCGAGGCGCGUGCUUUCCCCGGGCGCUGGGUAGCCACGAGCGUGCGCGGCACGCCUGCACGGUCAGGUUUGAGGCUGUCGCCGCUGAUUUACACGGCCCCCAAUCGGUGUGGGUCUGACUGCGCUUGAACCCUCUUGACUGUCCCGAGGAGAUCUGCUCUGCAGGUCACCUGCUUCGCAGACCUCGCCGCGCCGCUGGCUGCUGCCUUCCUGCCCUUUUAUGGAAAAGUCCUAUGGAGUUUCCUCCAAAAAGUGGGGUCCCCAGUCAUUUUUUGACUUGACAGUAGACCUUAGGUAGAAUAUUGUUCUCCUUUUGGAAAACAGUUUGUCCCCAUCACUUGCUGUAGUGGAAAUUUUCCGUAAGGUAGUGGAAUCCGUUUUCCAGAGUCGUGUGACAUUUCCCUC